CACUCCCGCACCCAUGGGGAACCACGGCUCGAACCUGGACGAUAUCCUGGCCGAGGACAUGCACCACUGGUACAACAAGUUCAUGCGCGAGUCUCCGUCAGGCCUCAUCACGCUGUUCGAGCUGAAGGCCAUCCUCGGCCUGAAGGGCAUGAACGAGGACGCCAACAGCUACGUGGACCAGGUGUUCUUCACCUUCGACAUGGACGGGGACGGAUACAUCGACUUUGUGGAGUACAUCGCUGCCAUCAGUCUUCUGCUGAAAGGAGAGAUCAACCAGAAACUCAAGUGGUACUUCAAACUGUUCGACCAGGACGGCAACGGGAAGAUCGACAAGGAAGAGCUGGAGACCAUCUUCUCAGCCAUCCAGGACAUCACACGGAACCGGGACAUCGACCCCGAGGAGAUCGUCUCACUCAUAUUUGAGAGGAUCGACGUGAAAGGAGAAGGUGAGAUGACCCUUGAGGAGUUCAUCGAGGGCGCCAAAGGCCAUGAAGACAUCAUGGAGAUGCUGAAGAACCUGAUGGACCUGACGCCGGUGUUAAUCAUCAUUGUGGAGGGCCGAGUGCAGAGCCAGAGCUGAACCGGGACCACAAAGACUGAUUGACCCCACACCCAAAAAAAAAAAAAGAAGAAGAAAUCAACCUUCACCUUCUUCACAAAAGAGAAGAGACUUGAUCCACCCCCUUAAAGUCUUCUGCUGUUCUUUGGUCUGAGCGAGACAGCGGGAAACAACAGGUGCUGGGAAUGUUUCACUUCCUGAUGGACUGUGAUUGGCUGUUCAGA